AUGAAGUCGUUUAGCCUCGCUCUUGUGGCGUACAUUCUUCAACAUUCCUUCACCAACGCCCAGUACACCGCCAAUGUUCCCAUCAAAGAAAUCAAGGGAAAAUGGACUAUAAAGGGCAACAGUAUUACAUGGACCGAGGGUGGUUUCAAAACCUCUAUUGAUUGUGACAAUGAGGAAGGCGACAAGGAGCUUAGUCUGAGUGCGAACAAGAAGUUUGCAGCCUGCUGUCUGCCGGGUCAAAGGCUUGUUGGGGGCCGUGAUUCAGCGUUCGACUGUUGUGCCGUAGGCCAUGAACUUGCUGGAAGCAAGGAAACUGGUUAUCGUUGCUGUCCAACGGGUUGGACAUAUGACGGCGAGAUUUGCAAGGAACAAAAAACAUGUCCCAAUGGAAAAACUCUUGUUGACGGCAAAUGUGUCUGUCCUACAGGCUCUGCUGAAACUAGUGAUGGGGUGUGCGAGCCACCGAAGUGCGUCUCGGGUCUUGAGACUGGCAAAUGUUACAAUUUCAUCGGAGAGAAUGGUUUCCCUCUGGGAUUCAACGGUGCCAACUACGUAAUAGCCGAAAAAAGCGGGUAUCAAAUGCCUGGGAAAUUCCAGCUCUGCAAAGAUGAAGAAUGUACACCUGGCGAACAAGUUGACCCUGGUCAGCUUGUCUACAUCAAAGACGUCCACGGAGGCCCCGCAUCCCAGGGUGGACUAAACCCAAACCGAUGGCUCAAUAAUCUCAAAAAUGGAGGUCAUAUUGGUAAGACAGCCAGAAUUGGCGAUGCCGGUGAGUUCACUGUCACAAGGUGGCCAUGUGGCAGGUAUUGUGUGGGAGGAUUUGAGUAUGGCCUUGCACCGGCUUGUCCGGCGCCGGUGCCUGCGAUUACUUUCCUCACUUUAGAUAAACAAUCCUGCGUUCCUUUCGACUUCGUCGAAGUCCCCUGCGACGUCACGUUAACUUCCAAUAACUGUAUCUGGAGGAAUGGCGAGGACCAGUGCUGCGACAAGAUGGAUUGUUCUAGGCUCUAA